GCUCUCCUCUCAAAGCUUGCUUGUGUACUGCUCUUGCUUGCAUUGGUCUGAAAACUUGAAUGUGAACAAAAAGGGUUAUUUUCUUUGGGAUUGAAUCAUGUAAUGCUACUUUGUUUUGAGUUUCUUACCAUCUUUUGCUUUUGGGUUUUGAUGUUUGGCUGUAUUCUUGAGCAAAAAACCUGUUUUGUCCAACUGGGCAUCUGGUCUUUUCGUCUUUUCUUUUGUUUUUCUUAUGUUGGUGAGCUUUAAUAAGCAUUUUUGUAUGUUAUUGUUGUAAAUCUUACUCAAUUUAAUUGACCCGUUUGCUAAAAUCAUGUAGUUCAUCUUCAUAAAUAUUAGAUUUUCAAUUCAAGAAAAGAAAACGGGGAUCGUACUAUGAUGGCUACACACCCGUAAGAAACUGUUACUCAGUCAUCCACAUUCUGUUUGGUUAUGCUCUUGUGCAAAAAACCUGUUUUCUCCAUCUGGGCAUCAGCCCUUCUCAUCUUUUCUUUUGCUUCUUUUAUGUUGGUUAGCUUUUGUAAGCAUUUUUUUAAUGUUUUUUUGGUUGUAAAUCUAACUCAACCCAAGUGACCCAUAUGCUCAAAUCAUGUAGUUCUUCAUAAAGAUUAUAUUUUCAAUCCAAGAAACAAAACCCGGUUCAUACAUGUAAUGGCUCAGCGCCUGUAAGAACUAUUUCUCAGUCAUCCUAACUUCUACCAAUAAAUAAAAAACAAACGAACAAACGAACAAAAAACUACUGAAGAACAUUCAAUUCUUUGAAUUUCAUAAGGAUGGAGGAGACCUUCGUACCAUUUCGUGGAAUCAAGAAUGAUCUCCGGGGGAGAUUGAAGUGUUACAAGCAAGAUUGGACGGGUGGUUUUACCGCGGGCAUCAGGAUUUUGGCCCCCACGACGUACAUAUUUUUCGCGUCUGCAAUCCCAGUCAUAUCAUUUGGAGAACAAUUGGAGAGAAAUACUGAUGGAACUAUAACUGCAGUUCAAACGUUGGCAUCUACUGCACUUUGUGGGAUCAUACACUCAAUCGUCGGAGGUCAGCCAUUGCUGAUUCUUGGAGUAGCAGAGCCCACUGUCAUUAUGUACACCUUCAUGUUCAACUUCGCUAAAUAUAGAGCUGAUUUGGGAUCGCAGCUGUUUCUAGCAUGGACUGGAUGGGUGUGCGUUUGGACUGCGUUCUUGCUGUUCUUGCUGGCUAUUUUAGGGGCAUGCUCCAUCAUCAAUAGAUUCACUCGUGUGGCGGGUGAACUCUUCGGUCUGCUUAUUGCAAUGCUCUUCAUGCAACAGGCUAUUAAAGGACUUGUUGAUGAGUUUCGCAUUCCCAAACGCAAGACUCCAAACUUAAUAGAGUUUAUACCUUCAUGGAGGUUUGCAAAUGGGAUGUUUGCUUUAGUUCUGUCAUUUGGGCUUUUGAUCAGUGCAUUAAGAAGCCGAAAAGCACGAUCAUGGAGAUAUGGGUCUGGAUGGUUGCGGGGCUUCAUUGCAGACUACGGGGUGCCAUUGAUGGUCCUGGUUUGGACCGCCGUUUCUUACAUUCCUCACAGUACUGUUCCGAGUGGGAUUCCUAGACGCCUUUCAAGCCCAAAUCCAUGGUCACCUGGUGCAUAUGAGAACUGGACAGUCAUCAAGGAAAUGCUAAAUGUGCCCAUUCUCUAUAUAUUUGGAGCUUUCAUUCCGGCAACGAUGAUUGCAGUACUUUAUUACUUUGACCAUAGUGUAGCAUCUCAACUUGCUCAACAGAAGGAAUUCAAUUUGAGAAAGCCGUCUUCAUUUCAUUAUGAUUUGCUUCUUUUGGGUUUUAUGGUCAUAUUGUGUGGUCUUAUUGGAAUUCCUCCAUCGAAUGGUGUCAUCCCGCAAUCUCCGAUGCAUACGAAGACUCUGGCUACUCUUAAGCAUCAGCUUCUUCGUAAUCGGCUAGUGGCCACUGCACGCAAAAGCAUAAGUAAGAACGCGAGCUUGGGACAACUGUAUGGAAAUAUGCAAGAAGCUUACCAACAAAUGCAGACCCCAUUAAUCUACCAGGAGCAGUCUACCCGAGUUCUGAGGGAACUGAAAGAUUCAACAAUCCAAAUGGCUAGGAGCAUGGGAAAUAUCGAUGCACCGGUCGAUGAGAGCAUGUUCGAUGUCAAUAAGGAAAUCGAUGAUCUUUUGCCUGUCGAAGUCAAAGAACAGCGGCUAAGCAACUUGAUGCAGGCGAUGAUGGUAGGAGGCUGUGUCGCAGCCAUGCCAUUUCUUAGGAGGAUUCCGACUUCAGUACUUUGGGGUUACUUUGCUUUCAUGGCCAUUGAAAGCUUACCUGGUAACCAGUUUUGGGAGAGGAUAUUGCUUCUUUUCACUGCUCCAAGCAGAAGAUACAAAGUGCUAGAGGAGUACCACACCACAUUUGUCGAAACUGUUCCUUUUAAGAUGAUCGCGGCCUUUACGAGUUUCCAAAUGGUUUACCUGCUGAUAUGCUUUGGGAUAACAUGGAUUCCGAUAGCAGGGGUUUUGUUUCCCUUGAUGAUCAUGCUUUUAGUUCCCGUGCGGCAGUACUGUCUACCCAAGUUCUUCAAAGGGGCACACCUUCAAGAUCUAGAUGCGGCGGAGUAUGAAGAAGCGCCCGCUUUGUCAUUCGACCUCACAGCUGUUGUAAGUUCUGUUAUUUUCGAGUGCUUGAAUGUUGUCAUCUUGUACUUGGGUUUGGCAAUUCUAAUCAUUAUGUACACCUUCAUGUUCAACUUCGCUAAAUAUAGAGCUGAUUUGGGAUCGCAGCUGUUUCUAGCAUGGACUGGAUGGGUGUGCGUUUGGACUGCGUUCUUGCUGUUCUUGCUGGCUAUUUUAGGGGCAUGCUCCAUCAUCAAUAGAUUCACUCGUGUGGCGGGUGAACUCUUCGGUCUGCUUAUUGCAAUGCUCUUCAUGCAACAGGCUAUUAAAGGACUUGUUGAUGAGUUUCGCAUUCCCAAACGCAAGACUCCAAACUUAAUAGAGUUUAUACCUUCAUGGAGGUUUGCAAAUGGGAUGUUUGCUUUAGUUCUGUCAUUUGGGCUUUUGAUCAGUGCAUUAAGAAGCCGAAAAGCACGAUCAUGGAGAUAUGGGUCUGGAUGGUUGCGGGGCUUCAUUGCAGACUACGGGGUGCCAUUGAUGGUCCUGGUUUGGACCGCCGUUUCUUACAUUCCUCACAGUACUGUUCCGAGUGGGAUUCCUAGACGCCUUUCAAGCCCAAAUCCAUGGUCACCUGGUGCAUAUGAGAACUGGACAGUCAUCAAGGAAAUGCUAAACGUGCCCAUUCUCUAUAUAUUUGGAGCUUUCAUUCCGGCAACGAUGAUUGCAGUACUUUAUUACUUUGACCAUAGUGUAGCAUCUCAACUUGCUCAACAGAAGGAAUUCAAUUUGAGAAAGCCGUCUUCAUUUCAUUAUGAUUUGCUUCUUUUGGGUUUUAUGGUCAUAUUGUGUGGUCUUAUUGGAAUUCCUCCAUCGAAUGGUGUCAUCCCGCAAUCUCCGAUGCAUACGAAGACUCUGGCUACUCUUAAGCAUCAGCUUCUUCGUAAUCGGCUAGUGGCCACUGCACGCAAAAGCAUAAGUAAGAACGCGAGCUUGGGACAACUGUAUGGAAAUAUGCAAGAAGCUUACCAACAAAUGCAGACCCCAUUAAUCUACCAGGAGCAGUCUACCCGAGUUCUGAGGGAACUGAAAGAUUCAACAAUCCAAAUGGCUAGGAGCAUGGGAAAUAUCGAUGCACCGGUCGAUGAGAGCAUGUUCGAUGUCAAUAAGGAAAUCGAUGAUCUUUUGCCUGUCGAAGUCAAAGAACAGCGGCUAAGCAACUUGAUGCAGGCGAUGAUGGUAGGAGGCUGUGUCGCAGCCAUGCCAUUUCUUAGGAGGAUUCCGACUUCAGUACUUUGGGGUUACUUUGCUUUCAUGGCCAUUGAAAGCUUACCUGGUAACCAGUUUUGGGAGAGGAUAUUGCUUCUUUUCACUGCUCCAAGCAGAAGAUACAAAGUGCUAGAGGAGUACCACACCACAUUUGUCGAAACUGUUCCUUUUAAGAUGAUCGCGGCCUUUACGAGUUUCCAAAUGGUUUACCUGCUGAUAUGCUUUGGGAUAACAUGGAUUCCGAUAGCAGGGGUUUUGUUUCCCUUGAUGAUCAUGCUUUUAGUUCCCGUGCGGCAGUACUGUCUACCCAAGUUCUUCAAAGGGGCACACCUUCAAGAUCUAGAUGCGGCGGAGUAUGAAGAAGCGCCCGCUUUGUCAUUCGACCUCACAGCUGUUCAGGAGGGAAACACAGGCAUAAGAGCUUCACUUAAAGACGACGGGGAGAUUCUAGAUGAGGUAAUCACUCGAAGCAGGGGUGAGAUUCGACGUGUGUGCAGUCCAAAAGUAACUAGCUCAAGCUCUACCCCAAACGCAGAUUCAAAAGCCCUUCACAGCCCACGUUUUAUGGAGAGAGCACACAGCCCCCGUGUGAAUGAAUUGAGACAAGAGAAAAGCCCACGGAUCGGUGGAAAGGUGCCAUACAGUCCAGCGACCGGAGAAUCUAGACCAUCUACCUUGGGACAGCCUGCUCGACAUUCAACUUCAUAGUAAGAAGGAAUGAACUUUGUAUAGCCGAUGUGUUGGUUUCCAAUCUGAAGUUUGUUAUAUGUUCUCAUGUCUGUUUGGGCUGUUGUUAUCUGCAACUCUAUGGUCUAAUCUCCUUCAUUCUCGCAUGUUUUCGGUUACUCCUUGUAAAUUGUAUCUUUUAAACACAUGAUAUGUAAGUAGUGCUAAGACUUUUUUUC